AUGGUUCAUUUCUCUGGUCUCACGGCGGUGCUGGCGCUUGCCUCCCUUGCGUCCGCUCAAUGCGGUUCCGGCACUCCCGACGCGAAAGUCACUGGCUCCGGCAGCUCCUUCACCGCGACCAAGGGCUCGACAAACCUAUACACCGGUUCCGACUACCGUCUAGCUAUUCAACGCGCUCUCGAUGGCAUCAGCAGUGGACAACGGGUGUCCGUCAUCGCCUCCGGUAACAUCGGCGCUAGCACCAUCACCAUCACGAGCGGAAAGACGUUUGAAGGCUGCGGAACCAUCACUGCUGCCCCCAAGAGCGGAGGCGGGAACAUCGAAGUGACGAACCAAUCCGGCGUCAAGAUCCCCUACCUCACCAUGGCCGGCUCGACGUACUUCGGCAUGCGCUUCUCCGGCACCAAAGACCUCACCCUAGGUACUAUCAACUUCAACCUCAAAGAGGGAAUGGGCAUCCGUUUCGACCGCGACCGAGCGGCCAACACAAACGUCAAGAUGGGCACCAUCACCUGCAACGGCGGCACGUCGCACUGCGUCGAGACAUGGAACAUCGACAAGCUCGACAUCGGCUCAGUCGUCGGCAAGAACGUCGGAGAAUGCGGUCUUCUCCUCCAAAAGGUCACCAACGCGAAGGUCGGCACCGUGGACUGCGACAAUUGCGGCGCUGGCACUGGCUACGCGGCUCUCCGUUUCGCCAACGAAGCCGGAAAGGUCAACGGCGGAUACGGCACCAACAUCUACGUCAACCGCGUCAAGGCUCGUGGUGGUGGCCGCGGUAUCUUCUGUGUAUCUGCUUCCGGAGGUGCGGAGAUCGGUACGAUCGAUGUCGCCAACACGGGUAACAACGCCAUUUUGCUCGAGAACUGCUACAAUGUCAACAUCAAGGCUGGUACUGUUAGUGGUGGUGGUGAGGUUCGUCUCGCGGCCAGGACCGAGUUUGCGAACAGCAGGGAUAUUGCCAUCGCCUUGAAGGUUGAUGGAACCAGUGUGACGGAGAACCCGUGCACUGUCAAUAAGACCAAAUGGAGUCUCACCGGAAACGGGGCGAGGAAGAUCUGCACAUAG